UGGCGGCGGGAGAUUGAGAGGCCGUUGGGCCCGGACGCCCGAGCUCUGUCGGCCGCCCUCCCCCCCCCGCCAUGGCCCAGGAGGCGAUGGACGUGGAUCUCCGGGCGGGACCCGCGCAGGAGGCGGCAACGGCUGCCGCGGAGGAGAGGUCCUCGUCGCCCGAUUCUCGCGUCCAUUGGCGCGCCCUCUUCAGCGAGCGGGAGCCGCGGAGGCCGCCGCCGCCGCCUCUUCAGUCCCGGUCACAGCCUCUGCCUCUGGCCAGGACGAGGCCGCGGAGGCGGCAGGCGGCAGCGCGCGGGACCCAACGGGCAGCCCAGAGCAGUUCCAGAACAGCACUGAACUACUACUUAAUGAGCAGGAUUGAAGCAGCAGCAUCAAAUCUCUCGGCAGGCCACGGUGGGCACAGCUCAGAUGAGACUGUGGUUCUUAGUGAUUCUGACAGUGACAGCAGCAGCUUGACUGAAGUGGAAGAAGAAGAGAGAGAGGAGCAGGAGCCUGCAGAAGCCCUCGAAGAGGCACCUGGUCCAUCCAACUUGGCAGUCCCUGACUCAACACAAAUGGAUCCUCCUGCAGAUGAAUCUGGUGAGCCAGGGCAUCUGGACCAUAGAGGAGCUGCUGUCCAGCAGAAGAAAACUCCUUUAAAGGGAGCUAAUUCCACAGUGCCUGUGACCCCCUCAGAGGAAGAAGAGAGUGGUGAUACCUGUGCAAUAUGCUUUGAAGAAUGGACUAAUGCUGGGGGUCACCGUCUCUGUGCACUGCGCUGUGGGCAUCUCUUUGGCUACAGCUGCAUUGAGAAAUGGCUGAAGGGGCAAGCGGGCAAGUGCCCCCAGUGCAAUAAGAAAGCCAAGCGGACAGACAUAGUGGUCCUUUACGCCCGCACUCUGAAAGCUGUGGACACUAGUGAACAGGAGUACUUGAAAAGCUCUCUAGAAAAGGAGCAAGUGCUACGAAGAAAAGCAGAGCUAGAAUCUGCUCAGAGCCGCCUCCAGUUGCAGGUCCUGACAGAGGAAUGCAGCAAACUUCGGCAGCAAGUCCAAGAACUGAAGGCCCUGAUGGCUCAACACAACACCAGCUCCUCUCAGCAGCCUAGCAGCUCUCGCUCUUGCCUCCCAGGGGGUCCUUCCUACAGCCAAGGCCAGCACAAGUACUGUUUUGAGAAAGCCUUUGUGGUGUCUCAAGCAGGCAACUGUCGGGUCAUGGCAUACUGUGACCUGCUCAGCUGCCUGGUGAUGUCACAGCCCUCUCCUCAGAGUACCCUCAUUCCAGGCUGCGGGAUUAAGAUGAUGAGUGCCGUCAACUUGAACAGUAGCCAGUAUGUCCCCAUCCACAGCAAGCAGAUCCGAGGCCUGGCCUUCAGCAACCGGGCAGAUGGCUUGCUCUUAUCUGCCGCCUUGGACCACACCCUGAAGCUUACAAGCUUAACCACAAACACUGUUGUGCAGACUUACAAUGCGGGCCGGCCUGUCUGGAGUUGUUGCUGGUGCUUGGAUAAUACCAACUAUAUCUAUGCUGGACUGGUCAAUGGUUCGGUCUUGGUGUAUGACCUGCGGGACACCAGCUGUCAUGUCCAGGAGUUAGCGCCACAAAAAUCCAGAUGCCCGGUGGUGUCCUUGUCAUACCUGCCUCGAAUGGCUUCUGCUGCCUUUCCGUACGGUGGACUGAUGUCCGGGACGCUGGAAGGAGCCUGUUUCUGGGAGCAGAAGACCAGCGACUCCUACCGGCCUCAUCUUCUCCCCCUGGAGUCCGGAGGCUGUGUUGACCUUCAGACAGAGGCCAGCACGCGGCACUGCCUGGCGGCGUUCAGGCCCAAUAAAAACCGGAACUGUUUGCAGUGUGUGGUUAUGGAGCUGACCUGUACUCAGCUGACAGAAGCGGCCGAUGACAUCAUCUGCUCCUGUCGCCCUGUUCAGACUCUUACCGCAGGUCCAGCAUGCAAACUCCUGACCAAAAAUGCAAUCUUCCAGAGUCCCGAAGACAAUGGCAGCAUCCUCGUGUGUGCAGGGGAUGAAGCGUCAAACUCUGCCAUGCUCUGGGAUGCAGGGACCGGCUCCUUGCUGCAGAAACUCAUGGAUGACUUACCUGUGUUAGAUGUCUGCCCUUACACGGUGAACCACAACAGCUUUCUGGCUACCUUGACAGAGAAAACGGUAAAGAUCUACAGGUGGCAAUGACAAGCUGCUGCAUUCUUCUAAAAUGUACUGAUUUCCUCCAAUCCAACUUAGUUGCUAACUGGAGAUGCUCCAUCUUCAAGAUGAGAGUAACUCUGCCUGCACUGCUGUACAAGAGAAACUUUCCAUCUCAGGGUAAUUUCUUUUGCAACCUCUCCUCCCUCCCACUUUUUUGUGUGUGUGACUCUUUUAUCCCAAGUUUUACAGCAAAAAGCAAAUUCCUUGUGGCUUGUUAUGGACCUUGGUAGUGUCUUCCUGUCAUGUCGUGGGGCCAGGUAUCUGAAACGAGGUUUUACUCAUGGGAAUUCACUAUUAGCACUUGCUGAAUGUUUCCAUCCAGAUUUAAUUGGCUCCAUUCCUCAUGUGACCAGAAGACCCAAAGCAGCUUGGAUGGUACUUUUAAAGACACUUGCUUUGUUUUGUUUCUUUAAUUUCCCCACUGCAUCACGGAUGGAGCAGAAGGCAUCUACCUUUCUUCAAGCCCCCUCUUCAGAAAAUGAUGGAAACUUGGCUUUAAUAGGUUCUUCCAGUUAAUGCCUUGCUUUUAUCAUGAUGGGCUUUGGAAAAGAUGCUAGUUAAAUCUUCUGAGGACUAGCUACAUGGGAAAACAUCACUAUGUCUUAUUAAAGAAUUUAGUAAGAAGACUCAAGGACUUGAUACAGGAUUCUUACCUAAGUCCAAAUUAUUCUUAUGAGAUUCCUGGAAAGCUCCCAGUAAACUAGACAGUGGAAGCUUCAACCCUAAACCCAUUUCUGGACUCGGCUGAAGGUGGGGAGCUGGUGCUGUUUUUUCACUCAGUGACACGGUUUUCUGCAAGCGGAUGGCAGUUCAUUUUCUGCUGUGGAUUGAAAUGCGGAUGAUAUUUCGGGCCUUUGCCAAAGGCCGCCCAUCAUGAACGUGGAGCAGAUUGCAAGGCUGAUCCACUUUGAGAACCUUCCUUGGCUUUGCAUGAAGCCGACAGAAGCAGCUCCUCGUUUUGCUUUCUGAACUUCGUGAGCCACUGAUCAAAACCACAAAAAUCUUUUCUAAAGUUUGAAUUUGUUAAGCUGUACACCAUGUGUAAAAAUGUAUAUAUCUCCUUUGAACUGUUGUUUUUCUUGUGUAAUAUUUUGUUUCUCUAUUUUUGCACCACGGGAAGAAUAAAGAAUGUUAUAAAUAUUUCUUUA